GUCAUUCCACCAACUUCUUUCUUAAAUAACCACUACCUUUACUGUCAUGAAGCUCUCUAUCCUCUCUUUUGCCCUCGCCAGCGCUGCUCUCGCGGUCAGCGCCAGCCCUCUCCGUGUUGUUGUCGUAUCCAGCAGCAUUGAGACCGUCAACAGCGGGUCUGUCGGCGGCUCUCACCAUAUUCAGUCCACGCACAUCGAGUUCAAGGAGGGAGCGGCUGUCGUCAAGCACACCCCUUGCAGCGCUAGUCGAUUCCGCCAAAAGGCCAAGAGCAUGGUCGCCACUUUCCGUCUCGCGCUUGGAUUCUCUUCCAAGUCCGGCGACAAGAAGCUUCACCAUCACCAUCACCACCACCAUAAAGACGAGAAGAAUUCGCACAAGCACAAAGAGUCCGCAGCACUUCCCCUCAUUUCUCUGCUGUCUCCGUCCGGUCCGAAGCCGGACAGGGUGCUCGUCUUCCCCGUCGACGUCAAAAUGACGUCUCAUCAUGCACACAAGGAGGAGUCGUUCCUCAUGCGUGUGCACGUCGCCCUGAUGUCGCUUGGGCCGUGGGAGGGCCGUGCCGUCGCCUUUGUUCUCGGCUGUGGCAUCGGCGUCCUCCUGCGCAUGGUCUGGGUGCUCCUCAUCGUAUCCUACCGCCUGAUCAAGGGCCCCAGCCCCGAACAAGAUGAGUACACCGUUUUCGACUUUGAUGACGCAGAGGAGCUCUUUGUUGCCUCGCCUCAGUACAGUUACCCCGUCGAAAAGGUCGCGAUGAGCGAACCUACUGAAGCAGAAGAAAGCAAGUGAAUAGCCGUAGACUAAUGUAUCCCCUGCGAUCCCAUUUGUACCAUCGGACUCUUUAUCCUCCUGUUAUGCAAAAAUCUUUGCUCGCGA